AUGAGUUCACAGGUGAACGCACAAAACAAAGGAGGAGCGACGGCAUUACAUUUCGCUGCACUGAAUGGAAAUGCCUACCUUGUCGAGUUGUUGCUCAGUCAUCCAGGAAUUGACAUGAAUUUACGGAAUCGUGAUGGAAAUCGACCGGUAGAUUUAUGCAAGGAUGUUCCUAAAAAAGCAUGGCAAGAUGUGGCGAAAUUGCUAACAAAUUGGAAGAAACUUGAAAAAAUUCAGGUAGACUUCCUAGCAGCCGGCAAUGUGAUGGUCCAACUUACGGAUGGCGCAGAGACAUCUGCUGGUGCUAUACUCGGUGAAAUUGGUCGCGAACUCAGUAUUGAGAGCAAUACACUGAAGCUAUUUGCUCUAUGGGUGUGCUCUGAGAGUCUAAGUAAGUUAAAAAUUGUCCCAUCACAGUAUUGA